AUGAUGAUGAUGAUGAUGGCUCCACCCUCUGCUACAUCGACUACUCAACACUUGGUCUACGGCAAUUCAUCUGAAAACCCUAAAGAGAGUUCGGUCUCCACCACUCUCUGUUUGUCGUCUUGUGAACACCCUAAGAAGAGGAAGAGGAACCAUGAUGAUCCGGCGGCCAAGGUUUCUUGCUCACCAAGCGACAACAACUACUUAACCAAAAAAGAAAGACAGACUAAGCGAAUGAGAAAUCUCUCGAGUGAAGAAGAAAGGGAAACGGACGAAUGGUAUGGUGUUUCAACAGAGCUAACACUCUUCAAAGAUCCGUGGAUCCUCAAGAAGGUACUAACCCCUAGCGAUCUUGGCCCGCUUAGCCGUCUUCUUCUUCAUACUCGCCCCAUUGAGGACCACAUCAUCAAAUACCUCAACAAGGAUGACCAGAUUAAGGUACACCAAGGGAUAGGAAUCACGGUCGAUGUGUAUGACCACGACACUGACUCGACGUUCCAGCUGCUUCUAAAGAGAUGGACCACGUUGAAUGGUUAUGUUUUAAACGGUGGAUGGCGUAUGCAUUUGGUUCGUAAGAGAUGUUUGAGAAAAGGAGACGAAAUUGGACUAUUUUGGGAUCGUUUUGCUUCGAGGCUCCACUUUCGUGUGCUUUCACGUGCAAAAGAACCCUAA